UUUCACAGAUAGCGGAGCUCUAAUGUUUGUUCACGAAGAAUGUUGCACGUUGCUCUGUGUGUAUUUCACGUGUAGUAACUUAUUUCAACCGAAUAUUGACGAGAGGAAGUUUGAUUUAGGAGAAACAUGGACACAAGGAUUCGCCUGAUUACUCUGCUGUGUAUAGGAUGGUUUACGUACACAAAUAACAGUGGUCUCCCUCUAGAACUCACUCAGUUCCAGUCAGGAGGUAAUAUCACCUUAGUCUGCAGUUCCAUCAACACCACUAUCAACACGUCCUUCAGAUAUUGGUAUAUGGAUGAGGUGCGAGUUCUCACGUCAGUGUUUGUAGGUCAUGAUCAUGGUUGUAACAGAAACUCACCCAAUAAUGAUACUGCAUAUCGUUACGACCUAUUCACAUCAAAUGAUGGUAGUGUAAGCUGUGGUGACAACCAGCACAACAUGACACUAACUACAACUCAAUACAUCCAAGCUGAGACUGUGUGGCGGUGUGAGGAUCAACGCAAUAGAGUCAGUAACAACCUUACGUUGGUCAUUCCUGGGACUACUGAUAAAUCAACUACACCACUGACUGAUUCAGCAACAACGAUCACCACAGACAGCGAUACUCAUGGUAGAUUUGUAUCAGUUAAACUAAUGAUGUAUUAUAUAUUUAGAGAUACAUUGUAUUGAUACCAGUUAUGUCAUUCACACUAAUGCCAGCGAAAGCCAUUUUAUCUGUUUUAAUAAUCCUCUGUAUGCCAUUAACCUAAUAUAUGUUUCAGCUAUCCACAAAUUUAGUAACUUUGUAAGUC